CUGCCGCUGCUGCUGCUGCUGCUGCUGCCGCCGCCGCCGCUGCUGCUGCUGCCGGCAGAGCUGCUGGGAGUGAGCUGAGCAUCCCCCGUCCGGGAUACCCAGCUCGGGCGGCAGCUCCCGCGCCCUGGCCCGACACGGACCUGCCAGCCCCAGGGAACAAAAGCGGAGCCCGGUCGCCCUCUCCUGCAGCCAGAGGAUGAGUCGAGAGGGCUGAGCGGAGAGUGUGGUCCUCAGCGGCUGGAAGCUCCUGUUCUCAAUCUUGACAUUAGAGAGUACCAAACUCUUGGGGAAUUUGUAGACCAGUAAAACAGCCGACUGAAGGAACAACAACAAAACAGUGGAGAAGGACAUAGAGUUAUCUACAUUUAUUUACCCAGCUACGUCCUUGGCUUUUCUCGAUGACGAUUCCUGACUUGUGGCCCCGGAAAUCUUGGCAACACAUCAUCCAGUCUCUUGAGUCCAGACCUUGGGUCCUCCUUUUCCCCAGCAUCACCCCCACUCAGCUGACCAAACCACUUUCUAGGACACAUCCUUCGGCAAGACAUGGUGGUGAACCCUGGCUCUAAAUCUUCAUGAUUGAGGGACUCUUUGACACAACACAAAGACUCUCAGGGCCCAUGUGAGACAUCGUCAUGAAUGAAAGAAGAGAGUAAUACAAUAUUGGAUGUGUCUGUUUGCUGCCACUGUUUAGAAAGAGAAUGAUGCAUUAUGGGGAAUCACGCGGAAGGAGUGAAUGAAAUGUGCAGCUCGGGGCAUUGUUUCUGAAGGGAGGAGUCGUUCUCUUGGAGAGGAAUCCUCCAUGAGCCUGGCCGAGGCCCGGGAUCUGUGUGAAGUGGACUAAGGAUUUAGUAGGAUGUCAACUGAGACAGAACUUCAAGUAGCUGUGAAAACCAGCGCCAAGAAAGACUCCAGAAAGAAAGGUCAGGAUCGCAGUGAAGCCACUUUGAUAAAGAGGUUUAAAGGUGAAGGGGUCCGGUACAAGGCCAAACUGAUCGGGAUUGAUGAGGUUUCUGCAGCUCGGGGAGACAAGUUAUGUCAAGAUUCCAUGAUGAAACUCAAGGGCGUUGUUGCUGGCGCACGUUCCAAAGGAGAACACAAACAGAAAAUCUUUUUAACCAUCUCCUUUGGAGGUAUCAAAAUCUUUGAUGAGAAGACAGGGGCCCUUCAGCAUCAUCAUGCUGUUCAUGAAAUUUCCUACAUUGCAAAGGACAUCACAGACCACCGGGCCUUUGGAUACGUUUGUGGGAAGGAAGGGAAUCACAGAUUUGUCGCCAUAAAAACAGCCCAGGCGGCUGAACCUGUUAUUCUGGACUUGAGAGAUCUCUUUCAACUGAUUUACGAAUUGAAGCAACGAGAAGAAUUGGAAAAAAAGGCACAGAAGGAUAAGCAGUGUGAACAAGCUGUGUAUCAGACAAUUUUGGAAGAGGAUGUUGAAGAUCCUGUAUACCAGUACAUUGUGUUUGAGGCUGGACACGAGCCAAUCCGUGAUCCCGAAACGGAAGAAAACAUUUAUCAGGUUCCCACCAGCCAAAAGAAGGAAGGUGUUUAUGAUGUGCCAAAAAGUCAACCUGUAAGUAACGGCCAUCCAUUCGAGGAUUUUGAAGAACGGUUUGCUGCGGCCACCCCGAACAGAAACCUGCCGACCGACUUUGAUGAGAUUUUAGAGGCAACAAAGGCUGUGACCCAACUAGAACUUUUUGGGGACAUGUCCACCCCUCCUGAUAUAACCUCUCCCCCUACUCCUGCAACUCCAGGUGAUGCCUUUAUCCCGUCUUCAUCUCAGACACUCCCGGCGAGUGCAGACAUGUUUAGUUCUGUACCUUUCGGCACUGCUGCUGUACCCUCAGGUUAUGUUGCAAUGGGCGCUGUCCUCCCAUCCUUCUGGGGCCAGCAGCCCCUCGUCCAACAGCAGAUCGCCAUGGGUGCUCAGCCACCAGUCGCUCAGGUGAUGCCGGGGGCUCAGCCCAUCGCAUGGGGCCAGCCGGGUCUCUUCCCUGCCACUCAGCAGCCCUGGCCAGCUGUGGCCGGGCAGUUUCCGCCAGCCGCCUUCAUGCCCGCACAAACUGUUAUGCCUUUGCCAGCCGCCAUGUUCCAAGGUCCCCUCACGCCGCUUGCGACCGUCCCAACCACGGGUGACUCCACCAGGUCAAGUCCACAGACCGAGAAGCCCAGACAGAAAAUGGGGAAAGAGAUGUUUAAGGAUUUCCAGAUGGCCCAGCCUCCACCCGUGCCCUCCCGCAAACCCGACCAACCCUCCCUCACCUGUACCUCAGAGGCCUUCUCCAGUUACUUCAACAAAGUCGGGGUGGCACAGGAUACAGAUGACUGUGACGACUUUGACAUCUCCCAGUUGAAUUUGACCCCCGUGACUUCUACCACGCCAUCAACCAACUCACCUCUCAACCCCACCAGGACCACAUGGGUUUUAGUAGCUUCUUUUUGACUUAACAGCUGUGUGACUGGAGCUAGAUGGCUUCAUUUCUGACCUUUGGUCUUCUCUUCUGUAAAACAAUUCCCAUAUCCUUCCAGCUGACAUUCUAGAACCUUCUAACUUGUCCGGCUCACCCAGUCAGUGUAUGGAAGACCCACUCCUCACACAAGAUCUUUAACAGCACCCCUCCCCCAGGCUGCCUUAUUCUAACAAAGGACAGGACUGAAGCCCCUUAAAUAUGCUGGCUUUAUUAGGGUUCUCAGAGACUAUUGGCCUGAGAUCCAGUACCCUCUCCUGAUGACCAGGACUUUACUCUGGACAGGACCCUCUGCUCAUGGCAGAGAAUUGGUGUCAACAACCUCAGCGACUUCAUCUACUUUGUGACAACAGCAAGAAAGAUGAUGUACAUGUGCAAAGCAGAUAAUUUGUGUCCAUCAUUGUUGGAGAAAUGUAGAAUUGAUCAAAAUGUUUGUGGACAGCCCCCCCCCCCCAACUCAGAUUUUGCAUCUCUGGAUUCACCAAGUGUGUUUCAACAUCCCAAGAUCCCAGGGAGCAAGUGCAUUUGGGCAGCAGUGUCCAUCUCUGAGGUAUUGGUCUUAAAUCCAUCCUGUAUUUUAAAGACUUUUCUACCCUGAAAGGCAAACAUGCAGCCUGAAAGUGAUCAGAAAACUUUGUGGGGUUUUCUUUUUCCUUUUUGUUCAAAGACUCCCAGCAUUUGUUAAAACAUUUUAUGUUAUCUGAGCUCAUUUGUUACUUGUUACAAUCCCUUGAGGUAGAUGUUACAAGCCCCAUUUUACAGAUGAAGAAACUGAGGCCCAGGUAAAAUGCUUGCCUAAGUUCAUACAGGAAGUUAGGAUUGCUAGGGUCUUUCUGGCUCUAAAACCCAUGCAUUUUUAAUGAUUCUAUUCAUGUCUUCAGAUAGGACUUGAUUCAUUUCAGCCUCAUUUCCACUCCCUGGCUACCACCACCUUUUUCAUUUGCAAAGCCAAGAAAUGUAAAAACCCCACUUAGCUGGGCCCCAGUGUUGGGGCUGGUUAUUGCCUCAGCAGGGUGGUGCUGAGGGGCUCAAGCUUUAGCUCCUAUCUGGCUCCGGUCUCACCCCUGGCUUGGCUAAGUGUUGACCCCAGACAUAGACGGGCUUGCUCAGCAAGCUGAUUGCAUGGUGCACAUUGACCUCUCCUCUGAGACCACCUUUCUCAGCAUGCCCUGUCUUCUCUCCACCCAUAAUUUUUUCAAGGGGCGUAUCCUUUGGUAGAUGCAGCUAAAAAAGGCUUCUGAAAAUAAACUUAAUAAAAAUUAAAUGGGUGCAAAGGACUAAGCAUAAUUUAGGUGGCUUCAGAAAGGGGCUCAUCGUAAGGUGGCAUAGGAAACUUCAAGCCAAAAUGGUGUGGCCAGCUGGGGGAAGUGAGGAAGCAGACACAGAAAUGAGAGACCACACCCUGGGCUGCUCUCCUCUGUUUCCGAAACUUCAGGAAAAACAACCCUCAAGCCUGAGGCCUCAGCUUCUCCCUGUAGGCGAGAAGUGUCAGGCCCUGAGCCGUUCUUACUUUGACCUUCCACAAGAGGGAGCACUGGUAGUGGAGAGGACAGUGGGCAUAAGGAUACCUGAGUCCGUUUCCAUGAAACUCCAGAAAAAGACAAAUCUGCUGAUAGUGGUCAAAAGCAGAUCAGUGCUGGUGGCUGGCACUGGAGAGAGGGGUUGACUGAGAAGGACACAGGGAAGGUUGUGGAAGUUCUGUAGCUUGAUCGGGGUGACGAGGGCCACACGGGUGGAUAUGUUUUUCAGGACUCCUCCGACUGUACACUUAAAAUAGGAACAUUUCAUUGUCUACAAACUACACCUCAGUGAAGUUGAUUUUAAGAUGAGAAUAGGUGAACUCACAGGAAUGGAGAGCAGAUUAGAGGUUACCAGGGGUUGGGGCUAUGGAGACUGCUUAGUAGGUGCAUGACAGAGUUGUACAACGCUGCAGGCAUAAUUAGUGCCACUGAGUUGCACACUUAAAAAUGAUUCCAAUGGCAAAUGCUUUGCUAUGCAUAUUUAAUUGCAAUUUAAAAAAAAAAAAAGCUAAAAAACAAGCAAGCAAAUAAACCUGGUUCUAUCCCAGCUCUGCCCUGUGCUGCCUGAAUGACCUUGGGUGAGUCCCCAAGGUCUGAGAAACUUGCUUCUUCGCUAUAAGUAGAGAUAGGAAUAUCCAGGGGACAGCCUCACUAUGAAGCCCAAGUGAGAUGGUGUCUGUGAGCUAAGGAAGUCCUUGCAGACUGUAUAUGUUUCUGUAAACAUAAGCUCUUAUCGCCCUAAUUCUGUGUUCUCCAUGGCUACUGUACAUGAACACAUAAUUCGUACGGGGCAUCGUCUGCAAACAUGUGGAAGUGUCUUCUCCACGGGACCCCGCACCCAGAUUCUAUAGGUUUAACCCCACAUUCUUUCCGCACAAUUUCCCUGGGCUAGUCCAGUGCCAUUAUUAGAUUUCCUAACAGAGCCCCGUUACAGUGGCUCCUAUGUGCUCUGAAGGAGAAGCCACCUACAGGUGAUUGUGAGGCCUAAAACUACCUUCUACAAAGGAGGGAUAAAACCACAUCCCCAGGCAAGAGGGACCUAACCUUUUUGGAGUAUCUCUUACGUGUCAGGCUUUCUGCUAGGUAAUCAAUGUAUAUUUCCUCCUUCGAUCCUCACCGCACCUCUCACAGAGAGGACUUCUAGGCUCAUUUUACUAAUGAAGAAACUGGAAAUCAGAGGGGUAAAGUAACCCGCACAGAGUCCUCCAGUCCUAGUUCCCUGCCGUGACCUGUAUAGACCUCUGUCCGCACUGCAUCAUGUUAUCUUCUAGUAUGUUCUACACAGUGAGCUCCACUGUGCCCAAAUUCUGAGUGGGAGCAGAGUGGCCCAUGUCACCUGCAGAGUCCAGAAAGUCUUUCUACUGGAGCUGGGUCUGAAAGUAGAAACUCCCAUUGUAGGACAAAGGGAGGCCCCAACGGCAGAAGAAACUGCCCGAGCAGAGUCUCAGAGAUGGGAAAAUCCUGUCAUGUGACCAGGGUGACCAGAAGAGCAGAAGGUGGGGCAUAAGAGAGAGAAUGGAAAUAGAUGAGGCUGGAUAAGAAGAUGGAGCCAUAUUGGAAGGGUGCCAUCCUGAGGGGUUUGCAUUUUCUUUGGGGUAAUAAGGAGUCAGGAGGAUUGUUUUGAGCAGGAGAAUGGCAUGACCAAAUCCAUUGCAGAAAGAUCAUUCUGGCAGAGGCAUAAAGACAUUUAAAAAAAAAAACAAAACAAAAAAACCAUGAUUUACGUGACCUGAAGGUUGGGUUUUGAUUCACGGUCUGGAAGGGGCAUUUGUUAGCUCUAAUGGACUAAGAGACAAAUGGGUCUCGUGUGCCCAGCUAAGGAGCUUUGACCCUACCCUGUGGGUGAUUGGGAAGCCUUUGAAGGAGGGCAGAGAUGUGGUCAGAUCUGCCAAAAGAAAACAAAAAAUAUCAAUGGUGUGCUAUGUUAAUGUAUGAUUCCAUUUAGGCUUUUGGAAUAUUGAAAAUAGCCUGAAGACCCCACCAUGACCUUGCCAGAAGCCAGGUCAGAAAUUUCUGGAUCAAAUGAUUUCUUACUCCCCUCCAGCUCUGACAGUCUAAGAUUCUGUAACAAGGAAGUUAAAGCUAUUGCCAAAACGUAUAAUGCAUCACAGUGUCAGACUUUGGGAUUAUCUGCUGCUUGGGGUUUUCCACACCACUGCUCCCCUUCAUUAGUGGGGAUAAUUGAGAGUUGACUGCAGUCCUUACCACUGUUGUGAUGGGUAUUUGAAACUAAAUUCCGGCAAGCAGGAGAUGUGUGAAUAUUUAUCUCAGCUGCGGAAAGUUAAUGCAGUGUGGCAUUAAUUACCCUGUCUGGGCCUGCUGUCUUCUUCUGUGUUUAGGUGUCAUUCUCUGUUGAAUAAAUUAGUUUCCAAAAUUAGAAUAGAGCAAAUUGUAGGGUGAGAUCAAGGCGGCCUGAGUUCUUAGGAUAUCCAAAAAGAAGAGUGGGCGGAGCAGUUCUACCCAGGAAUGAUGACGAUACAUCCUAUAGCCCAGCAUAGACAGGACAUGUUUUUUCCCCAGAACUUGUACUUGACUUCACUACUUCUCCCUUUGCUCCACCCCGCCCACCCCCAAAACACAAACACGGUAAGGUUGCGUGGUUAGCCUUGCAAUAGGUAUUUGAAACAUUUCAAGGCAUUGGUAGGGAAGAGAUGAGGUGCGUAACAAAUCCUCUUGCUGUAGAUUUUGCUGGGUUAGAGUUUGAGAGAAUUAAGCCAAACUGGACUUAUUUAGGACAAAGUGAUCAGCACAGAGGAGAGAGUAGAAGCUGUAUCAUAGUCAUUCAUUAAUCCAACAAAUUCAUUCAUUGAGCACCUACUGUGCUGGGUCCGCACGUGUAAAAUAGCAGAAGAACUUGGCAAGCAGUAACCCAGAGGUAGGAUACGGAAUAAUGGGCUUCCCUGUUUUCUGUCAUGAGACAUUUGGGAGAAAGAUUACACUUACUCUGUAUGUUUCUAAGGGCAGUAUGAAGUCCCAUGGGUGGGAAGCGUGGGAAUUGGUAUUCUCUCCUGUUACAGAAUAGGGGGUCUCAAAGGAUAGACGGAUGCUUUUUCCUGGAAGAAUACAGACAUAGUGAGGUCUAGAAGAAGACAUCUUAGAUUGGACAGCAGGAGUCCUGGAUUCUGUUCAGGAUGUGGUUUCUAAGUAACUUUGUGAUUCUGGGGAAACAAAAGCUCCCUUCUCUAGGAUUCACAUUCUUCACCUAUAAAAUGAUGGAUCUGGACAAAAUUAUCUCCUAGUCCAUUCCCACCGUACAAUAAAAGCAAGCAAUGUGAUCUAUUAAAUGCAUGAGGUGCAGCUCGAUGACCUUGAGAUCACGCCACUUCUAUGACCUUCAGAUUUUAUCUGCAAAAUGAGAUGGAAAGAGUAAAAGCCACUCCCAGGAUGGUUAAGCAGAUAAAAUAAGACAGGAGGGUGCUUUGUAAACCCCGAAGCACUCUACAACACUACAGAUUGAAGGACUGGUCUUUUCUGUCUCUCUCUCUUUUUUUUUUUUUUUUCAUGGCAAUUGUUGUAGUAGCCUAGAAAAAGCACUGGACCCUACUUUCAGGUCUCACGUUCCAAACUUCACUAGCUGUAGGAGCAUGGAAAAUUGCUUCACUGCUUUGUACGUGAUUUCCCAUUUGCAAAACAGAUAAAACAUCUGCUUUACAAGUCUGUUGUGAUAAGCUAAAAAGACACCGUCCUUAAAGAUACCUAGCAUGGUGCCAGACGCAUAGCCAGGGCUCACAGAAUAUCAGUUCAAUCUGAUGGUUGAAGAAAAUAAGCAAAUAGAAAGGAUCUAUACCCACAUGGCAACAGGCAGGCUAAUAGAGAAAUAUGACAGAAUUAAGAUGUCACUGUUUCCUUUUAACUCUGGCGCAAAUAUCCAAGAGUGGACAGCAAAAGGUCAAGUGUGAAGGAAGGGCCUGUAUAUGCCUAAGACCAGUGUCUUGAUCUGAUCUGCUUGGCCAGUGCACCCCGGGCCAUCUCAGCAUGAAGUCUCUAGUGUCAACAAGGCUAAACACCAUUUCCCAUAUACCUUUGGACUGAAGGUUUGCUUUGUCACAUACAGGUCAAAGUCCCUGUGUGCGUCUCAGGACAGCCAGUUCCAGGGUGCAGGCGGAUGACUGGUCAACCCUGAAGCAGGAGAUUUAGUGGAAACGAGUCCCAGAAGCUCUUCACUAAGAGCUAAAGGCAUAAUCACUGUUUUUCCUGCUCAAAAGUGUACUCCGUCCUCACUGCCUGCAGAAACCAAAGACAGUUUGAAAUAGAAUUUCAGUGGUUUCAAGUAGACAUUCAUAAAACUAUGUUGGAAAAUUUUCGACUCGACUCUUGAUGAUUGUUAUUUUCUGAAGACCUCUUACUGCCAAGCACUGUGCUUGGACGCUUUACAUAUAGAUUAUCUCGACUUCUCUCAAUAACCCUGUAGGAUAAACAGUAUUAUUCCUACUUAAUGGUUGGGAAAAGUGAGGCUCAGCAAGGAUAAGUAUCUUGCCCACCUCACACAGGUCGUCCAGCUCUCUCUGCUAUACCUUUUCCCCUAAUGGGGAACCAGUCUCAGCUUGAAAACCAAGGACAGACCUGGGAGCUGGAGCCUCUCUAUGCGCAGAUCAACAGACCUAAGAAAUAGCAUCGAUGUGGGCUCAUGGCAGGUGCUUCAAGACUGGCAUGGAAAUCGGCAUCGUGACAGGCUCUCUUGUAUUCUUUCACCUCACCUCAUCCCAUGAAGAAAUUCAUGACUGCCCAACAGAACUCAUUUGGAAGAGGGACCUAGGAAUUCAUGGCGACAAUGGCAGAUAACUAUGGCAGCACAAGAGAAAAAAAGACACACAAAAGUAUAAAAAAAUCAUACCCAACAUUAAAUCACAAGUCAAGCCAAUGCUUACCUGACAAAUAUUCUGAGCUCUCUCAGCAUGGGUUUAAGAUGACCCAGUACGCAAAAUCAUAAUUCUCUUUUUAUUUCUCAACCUGUUGGCCACUGUAAAGACAUCAAAUGUGGAGUUACAGGCCUCAGAGAGUGACAGCAGGGUUGGCACUGACUUCUUGUAGACACGAGCAAGAUGCCCUCGUGACAACAGUAUCGUCAUCCCUUUGCCUUUUGACGUAUGAUGAUGUAUUUUCAUCACUCCACAGGGCCUGGUCUGCCAUUGUGUCCCCUUUCCUUUGUCAUGUUUAAAAAUUAAUGGGUGUAAAGAUUUUUGUAUCGCUUUUGACUUUUUUUAGAUAUGGGUGAGGAAAUGUAACUGGAAAAGAAAAGCCUCAUAUGAAAGGAAUUCACUUGAAAAUCACAAGACAGAUAAGUGGUUGAUUAUGAUCAAGAAUGUUGCCAAAACACCCCUUUAGCUCUUCUGCACUCUGGUGAAGACAGACAGCUUUCAGUUCGAAUCUUCAUUCUGCGAGUAGGAAAGGACAUCGGAAUCCCAUUGAUGAGAAAGACGAAAAAAAUGCAUCUGGUUUUCUAAGAAGCUCUAAACUCUUAAGUACAAUAAAAUGAUAUUUUUUAUUUUUCCGAUAUCUUGCUGCUGUGAUGCUAUGCAGACAAGUGUCUUCUCCACGUGCCAUUUUCAAAGAAAAGUCAUUUGCCAAAUAAUUCUGGUACAAUCCUGGUUAUGCGGUUUUGGAUCUUAAAACCGACUUUCUAAUGGAACAAUGGUGACACGAAUAUUCGGAAUAACAAACUGAUUCCAGGAUCACAACUGUUCAUCGCUAUCUCUUUUUGUACAUCAGAAAAUUCAAAUGGGAUUUUUAUUUUAUAACUUGAAAAAAAAAAACCUUACCAUUAAACUCUUUAAAUAUUUAAGGGAAAUGGCUUUAAGGAGUUCUAAUGAAAAAAAAAAAAAUCCCAUUUUUUUUUUUUUGUAAAUAUAAAUGUUAAUGAAAAUGCUUUUUAAUAAUGCCAUUACACUGUAGAGAAGGUAGCAGAUUGAGUGCAGGAUGUGACAAACUUGAUGGAUGGGGCUCCCUCUCCAGAUGUUAUGUGGAGCAGAUGGGGGAAAGCUGGAGUUCAGGGACAGCUGGCAGAGCAGUUGUGGCCAAUCCAUAGCUAGUGAGCAAGAAGGGAGCACGUGACCCCACCGUCUACUCCAGCCCUUCCACAAGAACACCCGCCCUCGGUGGAGAACACAAGAAAAUGCUCACAUUUUGAAGGCCUGACCUUUAGAUUCUGAAACUCCCUCCCAUCUCUUCACGCCCACCGACCCCCAUAGAGAUCAUUGAACUGUUUGUAUGUGAAACAGAAGAGUUUAAGCUUCCUUUUUUUACAUUGAUGAGACAAAAAGUACAGUGUUCAGUUCAUACAUUUAGCACAUGAUUUUCAUAAAGAAUCUCUCUAUUUUUGCCCUACAGAGAAUUGUGCUACAGGUCAAGUGUGUUUUCCCGAUGUUCCUAUGCAGUUCCAGUAUGUUGAAUUUAGUGGUUUAACACUAAGGAGAAAACUUUAGAGGACCAUGCGGUUAACUGGAUUUGGGGUUAACUAUCAUUACUUGGUUUUAAACCUUGGAAAGUAGAAUUGGCAUUGAUAUGAUUGACUUCAGUACCUGUGUAUCUUGGUUCUUCAUAUGAACAGAAACAAAAGCGAUUUGAAAGAAGGUGAUACUUGGCUCACAAAGAGAAAAUCGAAAAUCAAGGUAAUUGUCACUGCUCAAGGCCCAAAUUUUACACUGACAGAUGGCUGGGACGUAAUUUUUUCCCACUUAGGUAAACUGACCAAAUGUCCGUACAGAAUAUAUGUCAACGCCAUCCUAAUGUGGAAGGUCCAAAGAACCAGAAAAGCGAAAAGGGCCGUUUACCCCCCUCCCCCCGUAGCUGUCACCUAUCGGUCCACAUGAUUUCUCCAGGAAUGCACGUCCAUUUUAUAAUUAAAUAAUCCUUUCACACAAAGGGGAAAAUGGGAAAGGUCUGAUAACCAUGAGAGUCGUCUUAAAACCGGUUCAAUCCUGUUUUCUGGGGAUUUGAUACACUAGGCAGUUCCCAAGGGAGAAAUGGCUUAAAUUGCUCCGUUGUCCAUGAUUCUGAUUCUAACAAGUGGUGCUAUAUCUUCUCCCUCAAUAUGGCUGUCUUGACUUUGUCUUGAAGCACGACGCCAUUACACUGAUGCUUUGGGCUGCCUGCGACACGUUCAAAGUGAACGCUAGCCUGGCCAGUGUUGCUGUUUCAGUUACACCUUCUGGAGUUCAUUCCAUAGCAGGGAGUGACAGCCCAGUGGACCUGUCAUCAUUCACUGAAUGUGACCCAAAGUGUAACUGGCUCUGCACUUAACAAAGAGGCCCAUGUGAUGCAUUGCAGUGAGAGAAAUAAGGUCGAGAUUUUAAACUGCCAUCCACGUUGUCAUUGGCAGAAUUCUGCCUCUUAACAAGCACUGGUUGGUGAGCUCGGAACCACCAUAUCCUAUCCCAAGAGUACAGUGGAAUUUCCAAAUAAGAGCCGAGGACCAAAACCAAAAGGCCCUGGAGAGUCUGCCCAGUUCCGGUUAGACCGAUAGAAAAUCCGUGUGUACAACUGUUAAUUCCUCAUCCUUCACUAGCACUAAAUUUGUCACUUUAAAUUUUGAAACCAGGGAAACGCCACCUGUCCUUCUGUCCCCCAUGCCCCGUAGCUCUACAAUCUUUCCAUGCCGCAAGACUUUUUUUAUAAUUCGUCCUCAUCCCAGUGUCUCCUGAAACCCCAUCCUGUCAUGUACCGGGCACCUUCUUUUAAAAAAAAAAAAAAAAAAAAAUGUUUACUCUGUGGGUUUGGUUUAUUUCAAUUUCUGCGUUCUGACACAUAUUUUUUUAAUAAAGAUGAGAAAGAGAAAGUGACUGUUUCAGUACAUUUCUAGACCUACUUUAACUUUACCUCAGAUGACAGUUUGUUAACAUAUAUGGACACAUUAUUUUUAACUUUAUGUACAAUACAUUCAGCAACAGUGAAAUUUUUAGAAAUUUUCCAUUAAUUUCUGUAACACGCCAUGUAUAACUGUUAACAAAUAAACAUGUUUGAGAACAACA